AUGGUGGCUUUACCCAAACGCUGGAUAAGAAACAUCAGCUACCUUGCUGGUGCAUUGGUAAUACUAUGUCUUUUGUUCUUUGUGGCUCAAGAGCAGAAUCUUGUUUCCCCAACGCUAAAUCUAAACUACUGGGGUGAGGAACUAAAGAGCCGUCGGCUUUACAUCAGAGAUAUCACAGUGGAAACGUGCCUUCGGGCAACCAAUCAGAGAUGUCGAAACAAGAAGCUCAAGGCAUUUGCACUUAGGAAAGAUCUCAGUCUAGGGUCUUCGUGGGUUUACAGGCUGAAUCUCAAUCUUCGAUUCACAGGCCCGAAUGCUGCAAAUAAGAUCAUCGACGACGUUGUUGUUGACAUUGCCGUUGGGAAUCCAGAGACUGACGGCAAGAUCAAGAACAACCAGAAUCUCUUGAUACCCGAGAAAGUGCUCAAGGAUAUCCACAAGCUGAGAGUCUACAGCGGAGAUGAUCGGACUCAGAUAGAAGAAGGCAACAAGGACGAAAAGCUAGACGCCAAGGUUGACCCGGAUGAAAUCAUGAGGUUGAAGCAAGAGCAAGAGAGCCAGGCUGAGGACCUCAGAGCCGCCACCGAGAAGGAAAAGGAGUCUAAGAGUAAGGAAGGUGAAGCGAACAAACAGGUGGAAGAGGUGAAGGAGAGUGCAGAUGACAACUCCGAAGAAGCCGUCGAAGACAAACCUAAGGAAGAAAUCUCCGAGGAGGCACAGGAAGAGGAGAGUGGCAACCAAAAACGAGAGACUCACAAGACAUACCACACACUUAAUGGCUACUACCUUAUACCCACGCCCGAGCAGCUUGAAAAAGCACGUUGGAUAAAUAGAGGGCACGGGAUUUGGAUCAAGAAGGGCCCUGUGUCUGCGGAUGCUGUGAGAUGGGUAAAUGUGGUUUACGGUCCCGAUGCCACCGUACAUGAAGAAAAGGUGGAAAUCUUGGAAAGCCCACUUCAAGACACCGGGGCGCCCAAGGGCCUCGAGCCGCGUCUUGUUGUGAAUAGAGGAGAACCCAGCAGCCCCGAGAAGAAAUUGCGUUUCAACAAGGACGGUAAGUUCAAGAUUCUCCAAAUCGCAGAUGCCCAUUUUUCAACCGGUGUGGGCAAAUGCCGUGAUCCAGAGCCACCCGAGUCUGCGAAAGGUUGUGAGGCGGAUCCUAGGACGAUCAGAUUCAUCGAGAAAGUGCUCGAUAUUGAAAAACCCGACUUUGUUGCCCUCACAGGCGACCAGAUAUUUGGCGAUGAUGCUCCUGACCCACAAACGGCUCUUUGGAAGCUCGUGACACCACUAGAGAAGCGCAAGAUUCCAUAUGGUCUCGUGCUUGGUAAUCACGACGACCAGCUGACCAUGAACCGUGAGCAGUUGAUGGACUGGGCGUCGUAUCUACCACACUCAAUGGCUGCAAAAGGUCCUGAAGAGGUGGAUGGUUUCGGCAAUUACGGAAUCACCGUGCGGUCUAGUCAUAUGCUGCAAAAGGUUGCAGCGGCCCUCUACUUCCUUGACUCACAUUCCUACUCUACACAGCCAAAAAUUGCCGGAGGAUACGAUUGGUUCAAGGACAGCCAGGCGUGGUGGCUUGAGCAGGAAUCGGGACUCAUGGCCGAGCAGAUGGUGAAAAAGAACGGACUUUCCAUGGCGUUUUUCCACAUUCCGAUCCCAGAAUUCAAAAAUUUGGAUGGCCAAGCGUUUGUGGGCAAGCAUCUCGAGGGUGUAGCUUCACCCAAGUACAACAGCGGCAUGAGAACGCAUUUGGCCAACGCCAAGGUGCAAGUGGCAGCUGUGGGUCACGAUCACUGCAACGAUUACUGCUUGCUUGAUGUGGAAAACGCCGGGCUGGAAGAGCACGAAUCCAAGGUUUGGCUCUGCUAUGGCGGAGGUGUAGGUGAGGGAGGCUACGGUGGGUACGAUGGUUACAUCAGGCGAAUGAGGGUUUACGACUUGGACGAAAACGAAGGGAGCAUUCGCCUGUGGAAGCGUGCCGAGAACAACCCCGAUUUUGUUUUUGACAAGCAGCGGAUCGUUCAAGGUGGAAAGGCGGUGAAUUUACCAGAGUAG